AUACUAAAGAUUUGUAAAAACAAAUGUUAAGCGUCAAGGAAAUUAAUUAAUUUUAAGAUGAAUCACAGUCGCACCACAUGACAUUUUUAAAGGUUAUGUCCAAUUCAUAGAUGAAAAACACUAAAAUCACUUAAAAUUUUGAUUUGCAUUUAUGUGUACACCAAAUUCUUAAUGUUUGAAUAACUGCAAUAGAUAUUAGAAUAUUAAUAGAUACCCUUAUACAUCAUUGACCCCCCCCAAAAAAAUACGUACAUAAUCCAUAUCUAAACGAAGUAUGCACAUACCUUAAAUUCAUUUAACUUCAGAAAUUCCACGUUAGGAAUCAAUUAUUUGGAUGACGAAAUUCCUAGCCAUCCGUUUCAUCCUACACAUUAAAGUCCCAGUGAAAUUAUAAAAAACAAUUCUUAUUUUUUCAUGAAAUAUUUCAGUGUUUAUAGUAAAUAGCUCAUCAAUGUGGGUCAUUUUCUUUUUAAAAUUCAUGUAGCCUCAUAAUCUUCAAUUAAAAUCUGAAAAUGCACUUCCGCCCUGAAAUGACAAUCAAUCUCAAAUGACAUAAAUUAGACGGCUUGGCCGGAGCAUCCGUUAACUCCUCCCCCUCAACUGUCAGUGUGCUGCCAGUUUCAUUUCAAAAUAAAUGCAACAGCUGAUUUUACACAUCCAAUCAAUUCGCGGUGAAAACGCAAGCCACGCCCACUUAUUUUUCUGAAAUUCCUUUUGCCUCCGAAAUGUGUCGCAACUUCCGGUUCACGUGGAUUUAAAAAAACGAUGAAUGUACAAAUUUAUGAACCAAUACAUUUCGACCAAUCAGUGGUAACAGAGGGUUAUUCGUAUGCAUACUUCAGAAAUGUAGACCAAUAAUAUGUCAGUGGGCGUGGCCAAAGACUCAACCGGUCUGGUGGCGGUGUCUGCUUUUAGAUUUUCACAGUAGAAUGGCGGCCGCAGCCUGCGGUGCUCGCGGUUGUCCCAAAGCUAAUACAGCCAAACCACUCAAAGAGCACAUGCGAAAAAGCCGGGACUCUCGUCGUAGACAAGCGGCCCUGUUGUUUCUGAACAACAUAUCUUUAGACGGACGACCGGUUUACAAUCUAAACAACGGCGUUGUUGGCCCCAGGGAAGCCGAGAACCAGUGCGUGGAUGUCGCAGCGUCGGCGCCGACGGGUCCCCCUCUGUCGACAACCAGCAGCUAUGGAACCUACACUCAAGUGUCAGUCUCUGUUAGCGGCGAAUCUGCGACCCCCUUACCGAGGACUAACACCCACCCUGCUCCUCUGAGCCCCCCGACAUUUAGUCAAGGGAGUAGCGACGUUUUCACGGAGGAUGUACGAGCAGAUCCUUUGUCGGUUCAGGGACCCCCCCUUUCCCCGACUUCUGGACCGCUGAAUCCAUUUUCUGGAGCCGGCAAAUCACCCAUCCAGUUCCCGGGAUCUACCUCUGUACCUGAUCCACGACAAAGGACACGUAACCUCUCUGGGUCUCCGGGGCCUAAGGUUUCCAAGAAGGUGCACUUCAUCAAGAAUAUGAGACAGUAUGAUACUCGAGGGAGCAGGGUUGUGCUGAUCUGUGCCAAGAGAUCCCUAUGUGCUGCUUUCUCUGUAUUGCCUUAUGGAGAGAGUUAUCACAUCAGUGACUCAAAACUAGAAGGCCAGAAACAGAGACAUUCUUCCGGUGGGGUAGUUGAUAUGGUCCCAGGACUCGAGGGGGUGGAGGUGGACUUUGGAAAGACUGUGUCGUACGCACGCUUCCUACUCCCAACGAAUGCCCUGGUCCGGCAGAAAAGCAGUGGGCUGCCUGAAACCAUUUUGGGUCAGACCCUCAUGUCACGAAACCGCAUCAACACCCAAAAGAACUUCACACCCUCCCGAAUCAGCAGUAUGGGCCAAGAUACUGGUGUGGACGAGCUAUCAGACUAUGACCCAAACUUACUCAGCGACCCCCAGUGGCCUUGCGGGAAGCACAAGCGAGUCUUAAUUUUUGCGUCCUAUGUGACAACGGUUAUCGAGUAUGUAAAACCAUCUGACUUGAAGAAAGACAUGAAUGAGACAUUCAAGGAGAAGUUUCCUCAUAUUAAACUGACUCUCAGCAAGAUCAGAAGUUUGAAAAGGGAGAUGCGAUCUGUGAGUGAAGAGUGUGGGCUACAGCCGGUUACCAUAGCGAUGGCCUAUGUUUACUUCGAGAAGCUGGUUCUGCAGGGGCGACUGAAUAAACACAACCGAAAGCUGGUGUCUGCCGCUUGCGUUUUACUGGCGGCCAAGAUUAGCAGUGACCUCAAGAAACACGAGGUCAAGCAAUUGAUGGAUAGGUUGGAGGAGCGUUUUCGGAUAAAUCGCAAAGAGCUGAUUUCACUAGAGUUCACUGUUCUGGUUGCCCUGGAGAUGGCACUCUACCUUCCAGACAGCAAGGUCAUGCCCCACUAUCGCAGACUGGUACAGCAGGUCUAAACCAUAGAGGACCCUAUUCAACCAAUCCCAGAUCAGUUGUUUUUUCUCCACUCCCUUUUUCACUUCCAUCAUGUAACUGAUUUUAUAAAUCACAUGGAGGCUUACUUCAAAUACUGAUUUACAUAUUUUUUCCCAUUUCGCUUUUUUUAUAGAAAAACUACAUUUAUCGAAGACUUUUUAAUCAAAAAGGUAUUUUCUUCAUGUGUUUACUUAUUUAUGCAAUAUUUUUGUUAUGGAUGACAUUAAUUUUAUUUUAAUUCAUAAUUUAUGUGUUUUGAAUAUAUAUGUUUUUUUAUUCUUUGGGGCUAGGAGUUCUUUUGUACUUUUUUGGGGGGGGGGUGGAGCAUUCCGAUGCGUAUCCAGCCAGACACUCUAUGUUAGAGAUGACAUUUAACUGGCACAUUUAUUGUGCUUCUCUAGUGGGUUUUUUGUAGUCAUCAAACAUUCACAGAGUAUACACCUUGAUUUUAGAGUGAAAUUGUAUUUUUCAAUGAGACAAUAAAUUGAUAGUGUUGAAUGUAAAAAAGAUUACAAAUUUAAUUUUAAUGUGUACGUGCCAUUUUAAAUAGUAUGUAAAAUGUUUGAAGAAACUGAACUGUUUACCAGUUUUUUAUUUAUAGUUACAGAUGUUUUUAAAUUUGAAUUGUUAUAUUCUUUAAAGAGAUGGUUAACCCAAAAAUGAAAAAUUUGUCAUAAUUUACUCUGCCUUAAGUUAUUCCAAACCUUUAUACAUUUCUUCGUUCUUUUGAAAGCAAAAGAAGAUAUUUUGAAGAAUGUUGGAAACCAAACAGUUCUGGGGCACCACUGACUACCAUAGUAGUUUUUUUCUUCUGUAGUAGUCAAUAGUGCCCCAGAACUGUUUGGUUAGAAACAUUCUUUCAAAUAUCUUUCUUUGUGUUUAGAACAGUAAGUUUUAUACAGAACCAGGCUGAGUAAAUGAUGACAAAAUUUCCAUUUUUGGCUGAACUAUCCCUUUAAUGCAGCUUUGAGAAUUAUCAUAAUGAAAUCUGUUUUAUUUGAGGUUACUACUGUAUUCUGUUUGCCGUUUGUCAAAUGUGCAACAUGCUCCAAACUGUAGCUUUUACAAAUGUAUAUUAAGCUGUUGUGUAUUUGGUCACUGAGAAAACCUUACCUCUGUGACCAAAGUUGUGUGGUUUAUGUUGUGCAGUUUUGAAUAUGAGAUAACCUUUAUCAAUCUUUUUUAUCAGUGUUCAUAAAUGGUGUCUUAUCUUUUCCCCAAUGUCCUGCAAUCCCUCUGAAAUACUAAUAUGCUUCAGACCUAUGUUUGCUUUUAAACCUGCACAGUACCACAGUGUGGAGCAUUAUCACACUUUCACUAUGCAACAUUUUUUAUUCGUACAUCUGUUUUUAAAUCAGCCUUUGAUUUAUGAAUAACAGACAUUUCACUCCUAAAGAAGCUACAGUUGGUAAUAAAGCAAUAAUCCACAAGAGGUUAUGGGUUACUUUGAGUUUACUACAGAAAAGGGGCAACAUGAAGAGUGUCAAACCACCUUGCCUGUAGUAAAAUCACAGUUAUGCACAGACUCAAGUGGCUUAUUGCUUUUAAAGUCGGCAUGAAAUAAAAAAUGCAAAUUCUAAUUGUUUUACACAGUGGUACAAUAUUUAUAAUAAAUUAUUUAUCUGUGCACAUUAUUUUUUUAAUCUUUAAUCAAAAACGUUAACCUCCUCUCCCCUCGAAACGACUUCUCUAACUUCUGGUCACGAGGAAUGGCGCGAGGGCGGGGCUGCAAUGACUGACUGAUUGCAAAGUGGCAGUCAAAUCUGCUACCAUUUUGUUGGCAACGCCCAACUUUCAACGAUCCAAUCAGUUCUCCAUGGAUGAAAUCAAGUCCCGCCCUACAUUUUUUUCUCAUUUCAGAAGUAGUUUCACUUGGGUAUAUGUCGCAAUACGGAAGAAAGACAAUUGCUACUUCCAUUUCAUGCCGAUUUUAAAUAUGGUGCCAAAAGCAAUUAUGAUGAACAUAAGCGUUAGAUUAAUAAUUAAUAAUCUGGCUACCAAUAUACUUUAUUUUUCUUACUGUAAGCCGAACACAAUGAAUACAUAAUGUGGUGGGGCAUGUGUGGUUUUGUUUCCAAAUUGACUCAUCCAAUUAGAAUUCAUGGUCAGAAUUAUUGGUUUGUUUAAAAAAUAUAUUGGAGUUUCUUAAUAAAAUAAAGCACAUGGCCUCCAUCUAGUGGUGGUCUUUUUAAUGUGACAGCUCUGUAUGUGGUGCAUCUGCAACUUCCCCUCAGGGCUGAGACAGAAAAUUUGUGAGAAAGCAACUGGAUCGGAGCGAAUUAUUGUAAUUGUACUUCACUUAUACUGUAACGUGUAAAUCGUCACUGAACUUUGAAGAAUGAAGUGCCUUUUAGCAGUACUAUUUUUUUACAAAUCCACCACAGUAAUCACAUUGAGACAUUUUUUGAAAAGCAUGUGGGUUUAGAUAAGGUUUCAAAAAACGUGUGUGUUUAUAGAAACUGUGUGUGUAUGUGAGAAUACAUCGUUUCCUGUAAUACUUUCGUGGAUGUUUUCUGUGGAUCUAGAAUGGUACAAGCACUGUGAGGGUAUCUGUGACAUUCUGCAUGAGAAACCAGUUUUGUUUUGUGAGUGUUGCUGAAUAUAAAGUCCUUCCAAAGUUUAUUUAUUUUUAUUUCCUUUUUUACAGUAUGUCAAUGACUGAAAUGUACUUUGGACCGUUUACUGAUCUUGUGCUGUGUGGAUACUGUGGAUCAUUAUCUGGUAUUAUGUUUGCUUCACUGGCCUAUGGCUGCAAAUAAAACUCCUUGUUACAAAUAUGGUAGAACAAUAACUUCAACUACUAAAGAUGCGUUUCUCGAUAAUCUGCCUGAAUUGUCUCAAAUCUCUAGCAUGAGAAAUAACGUUGAAGAUUUGGACAUUACCGUUGAAAAUUUUAACUCCACCUUCUCGGAAAUGCUAGACACAGUUGCUCCUCUACGUUUAAAGAAGAUUAAAACUGGCAGCCCAACACCGUGGUAUAAUGGGACACACUCAGGCUCUAAAGAAAGCGGCCCGAAAAAUGUAGAGCAACUUUAAGAAAACUAAAUUAGAGGUAUUUCGUAUAGCAUGGAAGGAUAGUAUUCGAAAAUACAGGAAAGCCCUAAAAACGUCUAGAUCCGCCUACUUUUCAUCACUAAUAGAAGAAAACCAGCACAACCCUAGGUUUUUAUUUAACUAAAAUUAAAUUAACUAAAAAAUAAAUUGUCAGCGACUUCAGAUUCUGGAUAUCAGCAGAACAGUGAUGAAUUUAUGAACUACUUCACAAAUAAAAUCCAAGAUAUUAGAGAAAAAUUAUAACAAUCCAACCAGAAGUGAAACCCGCUGAAUAAACUAACUACAGCGCCCCUAAGGAGAAAUUGCAAUUAUUUUCUACCGUAGAUCACGAUGAACUGUCUAAAAUCAUUAGAUCAUCUAAAUCAACAACAUGAAUGAUAGACCCUAUAUCUACAAAUCUACUCAAAGAGAUGCUCCCAGAAAUUAUAGAUCCUCUUCUUAGUAUUAUUAACUCAUCUCUGACAUUAGGACAUGUGCCUAAAGCAUAUAAGGUGGCUGUUAUAAGGUCCCUUGUCAAAAAACCCCAACUCAACCCUAGAGAACUAGGGAACUACAGGCCUAUAUCGAAUCUACCUUUCAUAUGUAAAGUUCUGGAAAAAAGUAGUUUCAACUCAAUUAUGCUCCUUCCUCCAAAGGAAUGACAUCAAUGAAGAAUUCCAGUCUGGAUUUAGAGCAUGUCACAGUACAGAGACUGCUUUGAUCAGAGUUACAAAUGAUCUGCUAUUGGCGUCUGACUGAGGUUGUAUCUCGUUAUUGGUGCUGCUAGACCUUAGUGCUGCAUUCGACACCAUUGACCACAGCACACUCCUACAUAGACUCGAAAAUUACGUCGCCAUUAAGGGAAUAGCUUUGAAAUGGUUUAAAUCUUAUUUAUCCGACCGUUUUCAAUUUGUAGCAAUAAACAAUGAGGUGUCACGCAAAUCGCAAGUCCAGUACGGUGUACCACAGGGCUCAGUCUUAGGGCCUCUGCUCUUCACAUUAUACAUGCUACCUCUAGGAGAUAUAAUAAAGCGACACAGAGUUAGCUUUCACUGUUAUGCUGAUGAUACUCUACUUUAUAUUUCCUCGAAGCCUCAUGAAACACAGAAGUUCCAUCGAAUAAUAGAAUGCAUAGGCGAUAUAAAAAAACUGGAUGAGUAACAACUUUUUUUACUGAACUCGGACAAAACAGAAGUGUUACUUAUUGGACCGAAAACCACCAUACGUAACAACCAAGAAUACUGCUCAACUAUUGACGGAUGUUCCAUAAAACCCUCGUCGUCAGCAAAGAAUCUUGGCGUUCUAUUCGAUAGUAAUCUGUCAUUUGAGAGCCACGUCGCCAACACCUGUAAAAUUGUGUUUUUCCAUUUUAAGAAUAUAUCUACACUACGUCAUAUGCUGUCAAUGUCAGAUGCAGAGAAGUUAAUUCAUGCAUUCAUGACAUCAAGACUAGAUUACUGUAAUGCACUGUUAGGUGGUUGCCCUGCAGGCUUAUUACAAAAACUCCAACUGGUCCAAAACGUGGCAGGUCGAGUUCUUACAUGUACAAAAAAGUAUGCACAUAUUAGCCCGGUUCAGUCAACCUUGCACUGGUUACCUAUAAAGCAUCGCAUUAACUUUAAAAUCUUGCUUAUUACCUAUAAAGCCCUAUAUGGUUUAGCUCCUCAGUACUUGAAUGAACUCCUCUUGUAUUACAGUCCUUCACGUGCAUUAUGCUCUCAAAUGCUAUUA